UUGAUAAAGAAGACAUUAUCGUAAGCUAUGAUAUUAACUCACUAUAUACUAGUACCCCUAUUACCGGAAGUCUUGAUAUCAGAUACAACACUAUCACAGAGAUGUCCACUGGACACCAGUGAAAUAACUAAGAGCUUAAAAUUCUGCCAAGAAAGUAAUUAUUUCACAUUAAAAAUGAAUUUAUAUAGACAGACAAAUGGUGCUGCUUUGAGUUCACCAGUUUCCUCAAUAGUCGUUGAUCUUUUCAUGAAUAGAUUCGAAGAUAACAUCUUUCCAAGUAUACUCACUCCUGAAAUAUGGUCAAAAUACGUUGAACAUACUUCUCUAGUGCUGUAACGAGAUCUACACAGUUCAUUCUUGAAGAAAAUAAACAAUCUAUCUCCUACUUACUUUACUU